CCCCCCGCCCGCUCCCCCGGUCCCGGGAGGAGCCGCCAGCCAAGAUGUCCCGGUCCAACCGGCAGAAGGAAUACAAAUGCGGGGACCUGGUUUUCGCCAAGAUGAAGGGUUACCCGCACUGGCCUGCCCGGAUUGAUGAGAUGCCAGAAGCUGCAGUCAAAUCCUCCUCCAAUAAGUACCAAGUCUUCUUCUUCGGGACCCACGAAACGGCAUUCCUGGGGCCCAAAGACCUCUUCCCCUAUGAGGAGUGCAAGGAGAAGUUUGGAAAACCCAACAAGCGGAAAGGGUUCAGCGAAGGUUUGUGGGAGAUCGAGAACAACCCCACGGUCAAAGCCUCCGGCUACCAGCCCACCCAGAAGAAGAGCUGCCCCGAGGCGGCCGAGCGGGAGCCGGAGGGGGACGGGGAGAAGAAGAGCAACGCUGAGGGCAGCAGCGACGAGGAGGGGAAGCUGGUGAUCGACGAGCAGUCCAAGGAGAAGAACGAGAAAGGAGGGAUCAAGAGGAAAGCUGAGGAUGCUUUGGAGGACUCCCCCAAACGCCCCAAGGAUGCAGAGGGGCAGGAAGGGGACAAGAAGGUGGCCAACGAAGAGACCCCCAAGGAGGAGCCCAAAGCCAACCCAGGAGAGGGGGACAAGAACAGCGACGCUGCUGACACACCGGCCACCAACGAGGCCAAGCAGGAGGGCAAGGAGGAGGUCAGAGACCACAAGGAGAGCCUGUAGUGGCUUCCCUGGCGAGCUGAUCCUUCCCUGCUGGCUCCUGGGUUCUGCCCCACGCCGGCUCGUCGCGUCCGGAGCUCCGGACUAGAGAAACCACCCCGACAAGGAAAUUUCCAAAAGAAAAAAAAACUACAAAAAAGAAAAAAAAAAAAAAAAGAGGAAUGCAGAGCAGCCCGGUACUGCCCCGAGCGCUCCGUGCCUGCCCCGCUGUGGGCGCACGCUUUGUGUUAGCGAUUCCUCGGGGCUCAGCUGGUGAUUUGAAAUAAAAGCGAAUCUUGCCUUUUUAAAA